AUGAGUGGUCAUGUGAUGGAGCUGAAGGACCUCGCGAUGGAGAAAAAGGGUGCAAACUGCGGUUUAAGUGAAGAGGACAUGUGCGCAGUACUGUUGCGGAGUCUACCUUCGAUCUUCGAGAGCUUGGUACAGGCAUUUUGGAUGUCCGUCGCAGGCUUUAGUUCCAGUGACCUCUUAGGCAAGCUGAUAGCCGACGAAGUGCGCCAGAGGUAG